ACGCUGUGCGCGCGAUCUGCCAUGAACGAACUGUAUGGAUCCGCGAUGGCCUGUCACCACACUCGCGCCGCCCAUUCACCACAGUCUCAUUUUGUGCGCCCAUUGACGAGCAACGGGAUUUGACGUACGCGUACGCGUCCAAGCAAUUACUACGUAGCGAGUAGUUUUGCGCUUCGUGUUAAUACAGCGAUUAUUUCUUCAGAGAUUUCAAAAAAUAUAAUUUAAAUAAAGUGGUUUUUCGUAGUAAAAAGUGUUGAAGUAAAAAAUGUAAUUUAUCUUCGAAAAAAAAAACUCAAGUUAAACGCCACAUAUUUGCGGUUAUGUGACUCAUAUUAAAUGCCUCUCUCUCUCCUAUGAACCGCGCAGUGUGUCGUUCCAGUGUUCGCGUUCCAACAAUUGACACAGAACUUUUUGUCUAAACUUUUUCGAAGUGAAUUUCUCACAGUGUACGCGCUAUGAGUAUGCAAGUUUUGCGCAUUUUUCCUGUUAAUACAAACAUUUGCAACGAAUGCUCGUCGUUACACGUGUAACGCACGAUCGUUGCUGCAGAAACUUCACCUUCAAUUAACCUCGCGAUUUUCAUUUGGAUUUUUGGCGCUUCACGGCUCGUCGUCGUCGCCUGCCUGCUGCUGUCUGAAUUACUGUUUGGAUUUCUGUUUUUGUUUUUCAAUUCGUUAUUGAAAUAUCCACUUUAUUUGACUUUUUUCGCAUCCAUUUCUUCGCGCACAGCGCUUAUUCACCACUCACACACACACGUUCUCCGUGUGGUGAAUAUCUUUUAUGACCGCAUAAUAUUGGCAUAAUGCAAAUUUCGGAAAAUUUGCUGAGAGUAAUUUUCAUGCUGUCAACAAUCGUCGUAGUGACUGAUUGUUGUUCGAGCCGAUUAUUACUGCUCAAGGAACACACACUGCAAAUCGUACAACAACAUCGUUUGCGCCAUUCGCAAAACGAUGAUUACGAUUACGAACACGAAGAUUACGAGCAGUUGCAACGGCAACAACAGCAGCAGCUACAACAAAAGAUACCACAAUAUGUGGAUAUAGCCAAGAGUGAUAUUGACUUUAUAAAAAACUAUGCAGAGGAGCAUAAACGUUCACGGGAUAAGGAUGAACAUGAUGAGAAUACCACCGAAACGGAGAUACUCGGUGCAGCAAUGCAAUUAGGGAAUUUCGGUAGUGAUUCAUAUGAAAGCUUGUUGGGCAUAUUCGAUGCAGCAGCUUUCGACACAACAACCACAACAACAACGACUACGACGACGAGGAUGAGUACAACAAGCAUGAGUAGCACCGUCAGACACUCAACCACACCGCGAGCAACUGCGGCGACUACAAACGCCCAGCAAAGCACACUCGUAGAGAGUGAGAUCAGUACGACACAAAGAGCGCGAACCUCUACCGUUGUGGUUGAGCCUGAGAGUAUGGAGUCAAGCUCAACAACGAUGACGAUCCCUAUAUCCUCGACAAUCGCCAGUAGUGCGGGUGCAGGUGGUGGUAGUAGUGUGGAGAAUGUUAUGAACGUACGCGAUCUCUUGUCACUUCCUUGUAGCGGUCAAUUCAAUACCGAAUUCUGUUUGAAUCGUGGACGCUGCUUUCGGUAUCCCAUCGGCAAUGAUACGAUACAUUCGUGCAUUUGCGCGGACGGCUACAUCGGUGAGCGUUGCGAAUCGAAGAGUAUGAAUGGCUCCUUCAUUCCCUCGAUUAAAAAACAGAAGAUACUUAUGGCGCGCAUCGUCUUCUCCUUUCCCAUGUUGGUGGCGCUCUCUGUCAUAUACAUAAUGGUUGGCGCGGCGAUUGUGUUCAAGCGUCCCGUCCCGCCAACGCACUCAAUCAAAGAACGCAUGGAACUUUUGCCCGAUGAUGACGCUGGCGAGCUUAUACUGUUGAAUUCUUACCCAAUGGUGGACCAGACAGUCACUUACUCGACCUAUGCGGACUAGUGCAAUGCAAAUUGCAGACAUAUUUCUAAAUCAAAAUAAUUUUUCACUCGGAAAAAAGUACUUAAUUUAUUUGUAAAUAUUAUGCUUAGUGCUUUUUAAACUUAAAAGCUUAAAAUGGUCGGUCAUGCAUUGCCUAGCGCUUUCCAUAACACGCACACAUACUAAGUUAUAUUUAAAUAUUUAUGUUUAAAGUAAAUACAAAAAAAUAAAUUUUAGCUUUAUUACUUUAGUAGCUUAAUUUAUGUACGCUUCAGCUUUCCGCUCGUGUGAAAGUUAUUAUUUUUUCUUUUUUCAUUUCUCGGUGAGCUUUAAAGCUUACCACACAUAUACUAGUAUGUUAGUGCUUUUUAUUAGCUUUAAUUUGUUAUAGUUUCGGGGAAAGCGCGCAUUCCCGUUUAAGUAUCGUUUUUGCCAAAUUUGGUUC